AUGGCAAACUAUCUCGCUUCCAUCUUUGGAACAGAACAAGACAAAGUCAACUGCUCCUUCUACUACAAAAUCGGCGCUUGUCGACACGGCGACCGCUGCUCGCGCAAGCAUGUCAAACCUUCAUACUCGCAGACGAUCCUUCUUCCCAAUCUUUACCAAAAUCCGGCCUACGACCCCAAGAACAAGAUGAACGCCUCCCAGCUGCAGAAUCACUUUGAUGCCUUCUACGAAGACUUUUGGUGCGAAAUGUGCAAGUACGGCGAGGUUGAGGAGGUGGUUGUCUGUGAUAACAAUAAUGACCACUUGAUCGGCAACGUGUAUGCACGGUUCAAAUAUGAAGACUCGGCACAAGCGGCCUGCGACGCCCUCAACAGCAGGUGGUACGCAGCGCGACCGAUCUACUGCGAGCUGUCACCAGUCACAGAUUUCCGGGAAGCAUGUUGCAGGUUGAAUUCUGGCGAGGGGUGCGUCAGGGGUGGCUUCUGCAAUUUCAUCCACAGAAAAGAACCGAGCCCUGAGCUGGAGAGAGAACUGGAGCUCAGUACGAAAAAGUGGCUGAAGAUGAGGGGCCGCGAUGAGAGAAGUGUGACGAGGAGCCCAAGUCCAGAGCCAACAAGGAAGAGAUAUUGA